AUGAAUGAAGUUGCAAGCAUCAGUAGAACUUCCCACGUGAAUGUAGUUACCCUCUUGGGUUUCUGCUACGAGAGGAAUAAAAGAGCUUUGAUUUAUGAAUUCAUGCCCAAUGGAUCUUUAGAUAGCUUUAUAUCUGAUAAAGGAUCCCCACUUACAAACUGUCGUUUAGAAUGGAAAAAAUUAUAUGAAAUUGCAGUUGGUAUUGCUAGAGGUCUGGAGUACUUGCAUAGAGGGUGUAACACUCGGAUUGUGCAUUUUGACAUAAAGCCUCACAACAUUCUUCUUGAUGAAGACUUUUGUCCAAAGAUCUCAGAUUUUGGUCUCGCGAAGCUAUGCCAGAGCAAAGUAAGUAAGAUUUCGAUGAUAGGUGCCAGAGGAACUGUUGGUUACAUAGCACCUGAAGUAUUCUGCAGAUCUUUUGGAGGAGUAACUUACAAGUCUGAUGUGUAUAGUUAUGGAAUGAUGGUUCUUGAAAUGGUCGGACAAAGGAAAGACUUUGAUAUGGGAUCGUUGGAAACCAACGAGAUGUAUUUCCCGGAUUGGUUUUAUAUGUAUCUUGAACCAGGAAAGAUUUCAACACUUCAUGGAGGUAUAACGGAAGAGGAAGAAGAGAUUGUUGAGAAGAUGAUCUUAGUGGGUUUGUGGUGCAUCCAAACCAUUCCAUCACAUAGACCGUCAAUGACAAAGGUGGUAGAGAUGUUUGAAGGCAGUCUUCAGUCUUUGCAAAUUCCACCGAGACCUUCCUUUUCUUCUCCUAGAAGUUCCGUUCAAGAGCACUCUUCCACUGUAUCAUCACUGCUUGGCGUGUCGUCGCAGGGAGAUGAGGUAAACAGAUUGCCUGCUGAUGAAAGAGACUUGUAA